AUGUCUGGACAAUUCGGGUUCAUGUCCAAGCUGGGCGCCACGGACGAGGCUGUAGCAGUCCUCAACGACCAGCCGUACAUCUUCACCAUCCUUAUGGUCGUCAUUAGGAAGGCCAAAGCGGACGCCAAGAAGGCCAAACAGGAUAAGAAGAACAAGGCCAAGGGCGGCAAGCCAGCAGCGCAACGAUAA